AUGCCCAAGCCGCGCUCCAAGCGCCAGGCCAUCCGCGACGAGCGCAAGCAGAAGCGCCAGGACCAGAAUGGAGCAGACGACCACAGCUCCGCCAAGCGGCGACGCCUGAACGACAACGACGGCGACCAUGACAACGAUGCGACCAACAACGCCGACGAGAACGUCCCCGUGAUCGACUACGACUAUGGCGCUUCCGCCGCCGCCGCGGCCGCCCAGCCCGAGAAGGAGUUCUUUGGCAUGCUCUCCGAGGAGGAGCAGGAAUACUUCCGCUCUGUCGACGAGCAGCUCGACAUUGACGACUUCCCGUCCCACGAGGAUCGCCAGCUCUACCUCGCCAGUGUCUUCACAGAGGCGCAGGGCAAGGAGCUCAAGCUUGCCUGCAGCCAGUCGUGCUCGCGCCUCAUGGAGCGCCUGAUCCUCAUGUCCAACACGCGGCAGAAGAAGAAGCUGUUCGAGCAAUUCGCGGGCCACUUCCUCAACCUGAUCCAGCACCGAUUCGCCAGUCACUGCUGCGAGACGCUGUUCUUGCAGUCUGCGCCAAUCGUCACACAGGAGCUGAGCGGCGAGAGGGACGACCAGCCCAUGGAAGGCGAGGAGGCGGACGAGAAGCCACUGCCGUACAUGGAAGAGCUGUUCCUGCUCACCCUGGACGAGCUCGAGGGCCAAUUGGGGUUCCUGCUCACAGAUAGGUUCGCUUCGCACACGCUGCGUGUGUUCCUAAUCAUUCUAUCCGGACGACCACUUGAGCAGUCGGCCACCAAGUCACUCAUACACAGCAAGAAGAAGGAGAAGAUUGCCACGCCUUGGGUUCCCAGAGAGUCGGACGAACUGGAGACGCAGUUAAGGGCUGUUCCGUCCUCGUUCACACUGGCCACCAACAAGAUCAUCUCAGACGUCGUCACGGGCAUGAGCCCAACAGAGCUGCGCGUGCUGGCGACGCAUCCAACCGGAAAUCCGGCUUUGCAGCUGAUGCUCGAGCUCGACAUCUCCGUCAACUCCAAGGCGGGAACAGCGAACGAGACAACAGAGAGCGACGGCAUGAUGCUGCUGUGGCAGCUACUGCCGGGUGGUCCGUCGGCACUGAAGGAGUCGACAAGCCCGGCGUGCGAGUUUAUCAACUCCAUGCUGUACGACCCGAUCGGCUCCAGGCUUCUCGAGACGCUCAUCACGAAUGCGCCGGGCCGCUUGUUCAAGGCCAUGUACAAGAACCUCUUCAAGGAGCGCAUCCACAGCUUCCUGAGGAACGACAUUGCGUCUUACCCUGCCAUCCGUGUCUUGAACCGGCUUGGCAAGGAAGAUCUCGUGACCGCCGUGCAGCAGACGAUUCCCGAUAUGCCAAAGCUCAUCACGUUGUCGAGAUUUAAUGUGAUCAAGGCUCUUUUUGAACGCUGCCACGCCCGGCAGGCUCACACAGAGGUCAAGGCCCUGACACAGGCGCUCGUCCAGGCUUACGGGGGCGACAAGAAGUCGCUGGUUCCCAAGCUCUGCCAGCUCGAGGACGUCAAGCCCAGCGGCGCCGACGACGCCGACAACGGCGACGACGGCAGCAACAAAAAGUCCAAGUCCAAGAAGAACGGAGACCACGACCCGCUCGCCAAGAACAGGGCCGCUCUCGUCUCGCACGGCUCCCACCUCGCCACGACGAUGCUGGCCAUCCCCGGCCCGCCCUCGGACGCGAUCCAGACGUCCAUCUCCGCGCUGACGGCAGACCAGCUGUACCACCUCGCCAGCUCGUCGAGGCCGACGUCGCACGUCGUCACGGCGGCGCUAAAGACGCCGUCUUCCAACAAGGCCUUCCACAAAGCCCUCGUGUCCUCCCUGCGGCCGCGCGUGGUCGACCUCGUGCUAACCUCAGAGAACGGGGGCGACCGCGUGGUCAGCGCCAUCAUCAACAUGCCCACGACCUCGCCGCCGGCUCGGGGCGGCGGCGGCGAUAGCGGGCAAAACGCGACGACGACGACGAUAACAGCAACAGCAUCCCUGCCCUUGCACCUGAAGGAGUCGAUCAUGACCUCGCUCGGCGAUAAUGAAAAGGCCAUGCGCGACUCGUACCAGGGGCGCCGGGUCUGGCGCAACGCAAAGGCCGACCUGUGGGCGCACAGGAGGGCCGAGUGGGUCGCGUGGCAGAAGGAGAUUGAGCCCAUUGUCGUCCUCGGCAAGGCCCACGGCGGCGCCAAGGGCCCGACGGGCUCAAAUGGCGUUGCUGUCGGUGGUGGUGGUGGUGGUGGUAGUCCCGGCGAGGGUGGUGCCGGGCCGGCGAGGCAAGCAGGAGGAGCAGGAAGAGGAAGGCCGCUGCCGCCGCAGUCGUCGCAGUUCGCUGCUAGUGGGAACGGGAACGGCCGCGGGUUCAAGGGCGGUGCUGGGCGUGGGGAGAAGCGCAAGAGGAACUAUGACUCUGUCCUGGAUCAUAGCGUACAGAAAUUAGGCAUUUCAGACAAAAUGCAGAGAAUGCAAGAGAUCACACAGACGCAUGGAGAGAUUAUCGCAAAACAUUAUUUUGUGUACCUUUAUGAAGUUCCCACCAUCUUACUGAUCCUUCGUCACCCAAUCCAACGUUGCCUAAGGGCGCUGGAUGGAGCCCACGAGAUAUCUGAGGAAAAUAUUGCUCCCUUUCUCAGAAGCAUAUACGGAGGCACACACCCACAGCACAAACCACGCACAAAGGCUGACUAUUUCCCAUUUAUGCAGGGCGGUUGA